UAAUUGCAACCCCCCAAACAGCAGCAAUGGCGAAGACUCCCUCGAAGAAGGCCGCGAAGACGGUCGCCAAGACCGGCAAGGGCAAGGGCAAGGGCAAGAAGCGCGUCGAGUCGUACUCGACCUACAUCUACAAGGUGCUGCGCCAGGUGCACCCCGAGACGGGCAUCAGCAAGCGCGGCAUGUCGAUCAUGAACUCGUUCAUCAACGACAUCUUCGAGCGCAUCGCCUCGGAGGCCGGCAAGCUGUCGCGCUACAACAAGAAGUCGACUCUGUCCAGCCGCGAGAUCCAGACGGCCGUGCGCCUCAUGCUCCCGGGUGAGCUCGCCAAGCACGCCGUGUCGGAGGGCACGAAGGCCGUGACCAAGUUCACCUCGGCUUAAGCAUCUUCUCGAGCAGGCUUUAGGGCGACUGUUCCAGGCGUCUGAAGUACUCUUCGUCGUUUGCCACAGUGUAGACGACACAACCCAGUCGGUCUUUUCGCGCUGUUCUUCGAUUGAAGACAUGUGAUGGAUCGCACUCUUUUCAUUCUGGUGUUUUUAAACACCA